CAGCCGUGCUUGGGCUCAAGGUGUGUGUUAGCUAGGUCCUGCGUGGCUAGCGACGUCUGGAGAUCGAGAAAACAAUUGAUCCUAACGCCACCACAGCCGUUGGGCAUCACUAGCCAUCCGCAUCCAUUUCACGCCAAGCAAUUACCAGCGGACACCUCAUCAGAGACGCCAUCGACGCGAGCCCGAAGACGCAUAGAUCACAAUGAGACGAACAGCCAGGAUAAGCGCCUUGCUCCUCUGCGCGGCGCACGCGCUCGUCGCGCCGCCCGCGCGGCGCUGCCGGCCGACCGCGCGGCGGGCCGACCGCGUCGAGGAGGUGCAGGAGGUGACGAGCGACGACCCGCUCGUCCAGCGCAUCGCGGCCGAGGUCGCGGAGAUCAACAACGGCGCGUCGAUGGACGCGCUCCUCAACCCCGCGAAGCUUAUUAAUGUGGAGCGCGAGCUCAUCGAGCUGCGGGCGCGGCGCGACGCCGGCGAUUCUUCAUCUGAUCUGCUCAAGCAGAUCGAGAAGAAGGAGAGCGUGGCCUACGUCGAGAAGCGCGCGGUCAUGCGCGACUGGCUCAAGGCGCUGUUCCGCGGCCAGGCGUACGCGACGAUCGGCCUGAGCUUCCUGCUGUCCUACGACCUCAUCCCCUUCGUGGAUUUGGAUUUGAGCAUCCGCGUGCUCGGCUUCUGGUCGUGGUGGCUCUUCACGGUGCCGUCCUUACGAAGCAUCAAGCCGCUGCCCGCGCCGGAGAAGAAGGCGCUCGACGCGGCCUUCUUGGCCACGCUCGUCGCGUCGCUCGCGGCUCCUUUUGCAACCAAGGACCCGGGCGCCAUCUGGUGGGUCGACGCGGUAGUCGUCGGCGCGUGCUACGCGUACGGCUACCUCGCGCCCGAGUCCGCCGACAGCGACGACGACGACGUCUUCGACUCGAAGACGGGCGUCGGCGGCGGCGCCUUCGGCCAGCAGCUCUGGCGCUCCGUCAAGUGGGCCGGGCGGGCCCUCGACUUCGGCGCGGGCCAGGAGCGCGGCGCGCGGUCCGACGAGGCGUCCGCCGUCGAGAAGGCCCUCGAGCGGACCGUCUCGCAGAAGGCGGAGCGCGUCGCCGCCGAGGACGACGAGGCCGGCGAGGAGGUCGCCGCCGACGGCUCAGGGACCUACGAGGGGUACGCGCCCUAGUGGGGGAUAUUAAGUGGUCUUCGAAUUUA